UGCCAGUUCAUUUCGCGUUCGUUCAUCGUCGGAUGUGAAACGCGAAAUGUUUUAAUUGAUACGACGUUCUUAUUCGUCAACGAUAUUUCGUUCGUUUUGUUUCAAGUAAAAAGAAAAGAAAAAAAAAAAAAGAAAUUUUGAAUAGAAAUUAUACCUAUGGCAUCUCACGUGUCUAUUCGAGAUAUGCGUUUGCUUGUUGGAUUUGUUGGAUUUUUCAAAAUGGCCGUCGAUGAUACGAGAUGUAUCGGGCAUACGGAGACUGAAAAAACGUGGGAAAACAUUCGAGAGGUUUUUCUACGAAAUAGGAUCUCUCUCAAGGUCACUGCGAUACGUUUGUCCUCGAAAAAUAUGUCCGAAGUUCUUCCACUUAUCGUAUCGGACGAGACUACGUCUGACAUCGAUCCUCGUAACAUGGUCAAUCUCGAGGUAGGGUUGCCUGGGGACACCUGGUGGUAUUGUGUAGAAAGGGAACGAUUGGCUAAAAAAUCUGAAUGCUUUCGUGCAAUGCUUACGGGACCCAUGGCACCAGAACGAACCGAUCCUCCUCCUCUUUUAACCAUAAAACAUAUCGAAAAACGAGCGUUCGAUCAUUUCUUCAGAUAUCUGAACGACGAACCCAUUAUCUUUCAAUCAGUAUCAACUGCCAGAGCAACACUCGAUGUAGCGCAUCAAUAUAUUUGUUUAGAUCUCGCACGUUUUGCAAUAAAUUAUCUCGAAGAGAAUUUAGAUUCUUCGACUGUUCUCGAAAUCUAUGAAAAUCUUCAUCUAUAUGCAAAUAGUUUAUCUCCUUCUACGCCUCAAGAUAACGAUACGGAAGAAUCGUCUAAUAGACCUUCAGCUCCGCCAGCAUCUGACGACGACGAGGGUAGUGAAAUAGCUGCAGCCUGUACCGAACUUCUCUUUCGAUGUUUAAAUGUCAUUGAUGCUGAUCCUUCAACUGUACUUCUUCAAGAACGUUUCGAGGAAUUGAAUGUCAAGGAAGUUAAGGAAAUUGCGUGCCGCGAUACAUUGAGAUUACCUAACGAAGCUAUUCUUUUUGCUGCACUCGAUAGAUGGGCUGCAUCGAAUUGUAGAAAACGUGGUGUCGAACCAACAUCAUCGAACAAAAGGGCAUCGUUAUCGGACGAAGUUUGGUACUCUGUAAGAUAUUUACUUAUGACGGAUAGGGAAUUCAUCGAUGGCCCAAUGGCCCAUGGUAUUUUAACUAGCGAAGAGUCCGCUUUUAUAUUUGCCAAAAUUCUUGGACAUCCUGGUAAAGAAGAGAUAAAUAUUUCCACGAGCAAUCCUUUAUGGAGGCUAACCAAUACACCUAGAAUUGGGACGAUAACGUAUCAUAGUCAAGGUUGUAGUAUGUUAAAAUCAGGUAAGAAGGAACGUCAAGAUAAUAGAAAAAAUCGACGGAAAGAGUGUGCCGGUCAAGCAUGUUCCAGAAUUUGUACCUGUUUCGUGCGCGUCUUAGCGUGCGUAUUCGAAUAAAUCCGAAGAUCGAAAGAAAUCUUACAUUUUAUUACUGAAUCUCUUAUCGAGAUAAAUAUGAAAAAAGUUUUCAACUGCACCUUUUUCUUCAUUUUGAAUUCGAUAUUAAAAAAUUAAGUAGUAAUAUUAUAUAUGUAGAAUUUAUGAGAUCGAUAAUAAUCGAAAACAACGAAAAACGUGGUACUUAGAUCUCAAUCGAUGAAUUUUCUUUUUUUUAUUUUCGAUAUUCCUUAUACAGUGCCAUCGAACGUUAUAAAAAAGAAGAAAAAAAA